UGGGUUUAGUGCUGUCCUGUUGUGGGGACGCACUCCUCGUUUGGCCCAAAUGUUUCUUAUGGGGAAUGUUGUCCUUCGCACUGGCCCACAUCUCAUACAUCACUGCAUUUGGUUUCUAUCCGUUUAAUAUGAGCGCCGGUGCUCUCUGUGCGCUAUUGGGAGCUGUCGUUCACUACAUAAUGUAUCCCAAUCUUCAAGUAUAUAGUGUAGCGGUUCCCACGUAUAACCUGCUGCUGCUGGUGAUGGUGUGGAGGGCGGUGUCGAGAGUACAGCUGUUUGAAGACCUGUGGACGUGGACUAAGCUUUGCUCGUGUUUUGGGGGCAUUUUGUUCGCCAUUUCAGACACAGUGUUAGGUCUGCGAGAGUUCGGUCUAAUCAGUCAUCUGGUGUCCCAACAACAGUGCCAACUGCUUGUGAUGAUCACCUAUUAUGCGGCG